AUCUCAAUAUUCUCACUCAUUUAUAUACGCGCUUGUGUCGCUCGGCGUAUUACGAGCGUGCAGCAAUCGCUUGAACGUGAAAUCACUCUGAUAGAAGCUGCUGAGUAGAAAUAAAAUUGUUGGAAGGAUCAAGGAAUGGGCAAGUGGAUAAAAUCGACGAAUUUUGCAUCCGACAAUUCCGGGGACGAAAACUUGAGCCUGUAAAUAGUAAGAACGAGAGUUACGUUAUUCGAACGUGCUGUUAUCCGCGUCUUCUUGAAAUGUGAAUCGUUGGCAGAGUGGGGGAAAAGGUGGAAAGAUGAAUCAUAAUUUUUAUCAAGUUUGCUCCGAAUAACGCGGCAGUAGGACAUUUCUUAUAGGUCCUUAUGUAUGUUACACAUAUUUGAGGCUAAUCUGUAAAGCAGCAAGAUAAUUUGAAGAACAUUACUCCUCGAUGCGAAGGAAGAGCGCUCACGAAAGAAGUUGCGAUAAGCAGACGUGACGCUCUCUCUUUCUCAUAUUUUCUUUUUAUUUUUUAUUUUUCCCAUUCGCUGGCCAAUAAUUCUCUUCUCACGAGCUUUGUCCGUCUGUGCUUAUAUUUUUAACGUCAAUCGUACACAUCCGAUGGCUUAAAUGUCGUUUCUGUUAUGCUAUGAACUCAAGCUGCAGGAGAGCCACCGAGAUUCAACUUUGACUAGUGUAAGAGAGGCUCGCAAUUGCCUCGAGAGAAAGAGGCCCGAGGUAGAGAUAAAAAAAUACAAAGUGAAAGAGGAAGGAAGAGAGAAGGAGAGAGGAAAAAAGCGAUUUCAAAGAGCAACACAAUGAUAGCCGGGGCGUCGUGCCACCACCGGCAGCCACCACCGAUCUGUCGCCAAAACGUGUCGCAAGUUAUUCGAUUCUCGGUCACGAGCGUGAUAGUCACUUUUAUUAUCGGCAGUGCCACCCAACGACCUUGCCUCAGCGACGUCUCACCCGCGGAGGAAAGAAGUGUCCGUUCUAUCGAUGAUGCGAUAGACGAGUCUUCGAUCGACGAUUAUUCCUUGCGGAUGGAUUAUUGAGAAUUUCUUUUUUUUUUACAUUAACAAGAUUACGACUGAAACAUCGUUCUCGUUGGUGUAUGUGCUCGUUGUUGUGAUUUUUGUUUUUUGUUUUUUUUUUGGGUCUGUGACGUUCGGUGUGUGAAAUUCGAAGGAAUUUUUUGUACAUUUCUGAGGAUACCGGUCGGAUGAAAGAAUAGAAAGUUGGUUCGUGAAAAAGUGCAGUUCGGUUGAAGGGAAGAAGUGAAGAAAUUUUGAAAAGGAACGAAUGAACGCAAAGUGACGAUGCUACGCGUGCGACCGGAAAUCGAGUCGCCCUCGAGAGAAAGGAAUUAUUGCUGUUGACAUUGCAUCAUCGAGCUCGAUAAAAACAAACAAACGCUGGUCCAACGAGUGUGGCUCGUCGAAAUCUCGAUUCGGCCAGCUCCGUUGAUCAAUGUUAUUAAUAGAUCAUUAUCGAAGAAAAGAUCACAGGAGAAAAAUCCUGGUACGAGAAAUCACGGAAUAAAAUGCAGGGAUUCAGCAGCCUCGGCUUGAGCAACGUCUUCAAAAAGAAGACGAACAAAGUAGCUGGUGGACCGCCAGGAGCCAACGCACCGCCCCCGCCAACUUUGAUCAACAAAAUCAAAUACCAACCAGGAGGCCCGGUAAUCAAAAAGGACAAACGACAAAGCAGUUCGAGAUUUAACAUUUCGAAGAAUCGAGAACUCCAGAAAUUGCCUUUGUUGUCUGAUACCGAACAAGGCAACGAGCGGGAAGAACUUUUCAUACAGAAGCUUCGCCAAUGCUGCGUCCUGUUCGAUUUCGAGUCAGAUCCUUUGUCGGACCUAAAAUGGAAGGAAGUCAAACGUGGCGCGCUUUCCGAGAUGGUCGAGUACGUGAACAAAAACAGAAACGUCAUCACCGAGGCUAUAUACCCCGAGGCAGUGAAUAUGUUCGCGGUAAACUUGUUCCGUACUUUGCCGCCAUCAUCGAAUCCGAAUGGUGCCGAGUUCGAUCCGGAGGAGGAUGAGCCAACAUUGGAAGCUGCAUGGCCCCAUUUGCAGCUCGUUUACGAAUUUUUCUUGCGCCUAUUGGAAUCACAAGAUUUUCAACCUACUAUAGCGAAACGCUACAUCGACCACAAAUUUGUUCUGCAACUACUCGAGUUAUUCGAUUCCGAAGAUCCGCGUGAGAGAGAUUUUUUGAAGACAACUCUGCACAGGAUCUAUGGAAAAUUUUUGGGUCUCAGGGCUUAUAUAAGGAAGCAAAUAAAUAAUGUUUUCUAUCGAUUUAUAUACGAGACUGAGCAUCACAAUGGAAUUGCGGAAUUGUUGGAGAUUCUUGGGAGCAUUAUUAACGGUUUUGCUCUACCGCUGAAAGAGGAACACAAAAUAUUUCUAUUGAAAGUGCUGUUGCCAUUGCACAAGGCAAAAUCACUAUCCGUCUAUCACCCACAACUGGCUUAUUGCGUUGUUCAAUUUCUCGAGAAAGAUCCGAAUCUUACCGAGCCUGUUAUCAAGAAUUUACUGAAAUUUUGGCCAAAGACUCACUCGCCAAAGGAGGUAAUGUUUCUCAACGAACUCGAGGAAAUAUUGGACGUUAUCGAACCGGCUGAAUUCCAAAAAGUCAUAGAUCCAUUAUUUCGACAACUAGCCAAGUGUGUCUCGUCGCCACAUUUUCAGGUGGCUGAGAGAACGCUCUAUUAUUGGAACAACGAGUACAUAAUGUCUCUUAUCGCUGAUAAUUAUUCGAUUAUUCUGCCGAUUAUGUAUCCAGCGUUGUAUAGAAAUUCGCGAAAUCACUGGAAUAAAACGAUUCACGGGUUAAUUUACAACGCCCUCAAACGUUUGAUGGAGAUGAAUCAAAAAGUUUUCGACGAAUGUACACAGCAAUACGUUCAGGAUCGACAGAAAGAGAAACGAAUGCUCAAGGAUCGUGACGAAGCCUGGAACCGCGUUGAGGCACUUGCGAUGAGACAUCCUAAUUACAAAAUUGUCGCCAAAGGUUCGACGAACAGUCCUUACACUUUGCCGCAACAUUUGGACAGUCCACCACCGGAUGAGGACGUCGAGAAUGAUCAAAUUCCCCUUACGCUGGAGAAAAUUGAAGCUAAAGCAAAUGAGGUGAAAUUGUCAAACGUGAAUAAGGGAAAGCCUCUAUUGCGAAGGAAGAGUGAAUUGCCACAGGAUUCGUACACGAUGCGAGCGCUGUCCGACCACAAGCGAGCCGAUGAGUAUCUCGUAACGCCACCGGAUCCGAACAACUGCUAGUCCCUACCUAACUCCCUUCCGAUCUAUCCUCUGUUCUGCUGCAGAAACGUCAGAACUUAGCUGUCUCGUUCCAUCCGUACGAUGCAGCGGUGUUGAUCGUUGCAAUGAGGAAAAACGAGAUAGUGUGAUUUUGAGAGAACCGAAAAAGCGAUAAAAACCAAGAAAAGCGAGAGAGAGAGAGAAAAAGAGGGACAGAAAGAGAAGAGAGAAAAAGUAAAGGGAGAGAAAGAGAAAGAAAUCAAAAAUCAGAAGUGUAAUCGAUGAGUGAAAUUGAAAUCGUCGAAAAAUGGCUGGGGCCGCAGGUGCAGGAUAUCUGCGUCUGGGCAAAAAGUUUUUCGAUCGAGAUUUCGUCAUGCAAUUACGUUAAUAAGGAUAACAAAACAAAAAACGAGUAGCGAUGAGAAAAGUCAAACCGCGAGAUUAAAAAAAAAUCGAAAACAUGGUAAAAACGAUUUCGUCCAAGCGACGAGAAAAAAAGACUCUCGCAGAAUUGUCGAACCAUUUGGCUUGUCUCUGGCGCGACUUUGCGGUGUCGGAACGGAUGGAACGAAGACCAAUACGAUUCUCCUUUUUUUUUUCUCCCUUUACACACAAGACGAUUCCGUCGAUGCCGUUUAUAGUGAACGAACCGAUAAAAAGCGGUGAAGAUAACCAACAACGUGUAAUUCACACAACAGACAGUUUUCUACGAGAAAAGAUUUGGGAGAAGAGAACAAAAAAAUACUCUGCCACCCUCAAUAUUUAAAAGUGAUCAUGGAUCGUUGCCGAGGAAAACAAGCGGAUAACGAUUGAACUACGCUGUCUCGAUCGUCGUCGUUACACGGAUGACCGAAUCGCACCGAUUCGCGAAUAACUCGCAAAACAAAUGUACAUCAGUAACAACACACACAAACGAACUAAAAAAUACAAACGAAAUUACGACAAGUUUUGCAGAUUCGCAGAACACGGCGCUUUGCUUUCGUCCUUAUAUCGUACGAGAUGCAGGUUUAUCAGAGCCACUUCGAUGGUAGUUUCAGUUAGUCUUUAGACGUUUAAGAAAGCAAAUAAUUCACGAAAAAAUGUUAACAAAAUAUGAAAUCGAGGAAAAUUAUAUAUCUAUAUAUAUGAUUUAUAUAUAUAUAUAUAACCCGCAUCAUACGGCAGGAUUACUUUCCACUAGAUGCCUUCUGUGAGUAACACCAGGUAUUAUUCGACAAUUUACGCAUUGUAUCGUCAACUAUAAUCACCGUUCAUGAACUUUAGAACCGCUCGCAUUGUCAAUCAAUCGGUCCUAAGGUCGAGAAGAAAAAUAACUGUGCUAUCGCGAACAAAAUUAGUAUUGAAGCAACAAAAAGGUGUAAAAAAAACGAGAGUUAUGAAAUAAACAAGCAGGAACAUAAGUAAAACAGACGAAAAAAUAAUAAUAAAUAAUAAAAAAAAAAAGAGGGAAAAACCAAGUGAGACACGUAAGUCUUUGCGCUGCUGGCAGGCUGUUAUGUUAAUAUUAACGAUAAACCUUGUUGAAGAUAAAUAUAGUAAGCUCUUAUAUUGAAUAUUACAAAUGAAAGCUACAAAAAAAAAGGAAGAAAAAUGAAAUAUGAUCGAAAUUGAUUUAAUUAUUGAUUAAUGCGAUAAAAGAAAGGGGACGAUGAAGAUGUGAAAGAAAAUGGUCACCUCUGCUGAACGUUGAUUAUUGGUAGUAAGCAUGAUUCAAAAUAUAACCGUGAAUAAAUGUAAAUGUGAAUAAACUGAGAAGGAAACAUCAAAUAAAAGGGCAUCCGGAGGCUUGCAGCAGUUCGGAAUAAAAGUUCGUCUCGGAUUUUUAGUACGUUUUUGGUGUGAUGCAUAUUCGGAACGGAGUCAAAUCGUCGAAGUAUUUUGCGUCCGUAGGGGAAAAGAGUCUCUAUCUUAAUAAUUGUAAUUCGAAAAACGUAGAAAAAUGAAGAAAAAAAACGUAAACAAACAUGCGAGGAAGGGAAAACAUGAGAGAAAAACUAAUAAAAUAACGAAAAUCCGACAAAUUCAUAUGAGACUCGUCGAGUGCAUGAGCAAGUCGAAUUCGACGGUGAAUGAGUAUCGACUGAACAUUGGAAACUCAAAACUGGUUCAUUCAAGUGUAUCGCGUUUAUCAAACUAAAUACAAAACGAGAAAAAAUAAAAAAAAAAAAAGAUAAAAACAAACCGAGAAAAUUCAUACAAAAAGCUUCGUUGCACGAUAUCCGUAGGCGGGAAUAAUGUGGAAGUACGAGAGAGUGCGAGAGAAUGUGUGUGCGAGAGAGAAAGAGAGUAAGAGAGAGAGAGGUCUGCUCGUCAUUUUAUAUUUACUAAAUACUGAUGUAUGAUUGUAUACCGCGGGAGUUUUUUUCACACGUAGCUUUACGUUCAAGUGCAGAUAAGAAAAUAUUAUUCCGAGGCCAAGAUGAUUGUUCAGUAAGGAAAAUAAAAAAAUGAAAAAAUUUAAAAAACCAUAGAGGGCCCCGACGUUAUGUUGCAAAAAAUAUAUAUAUAUGGAAAAAGCACAGAGCUGCUUCGAUGACGAUAAACUCUGAGGCUUUGCCAACUCUGUACUAUGAGUGAUUAAUAAAGGAACAAAAGCCGUAGUCGUUUACGCAACUACUGUAAAUAUCACAUGUAAA